GAGGCGGAGGCGGCCGAGCGCCGCCCCACCCAGCGGAGCUCGGUGGAGGAGGACGAGCAGCCCCGGGACCGGUCUCGGGAACGCGGGUGUCGGUGCCGCUCACCUCCCGGGUGUCAACGGCCGCGCGGGCCCUCGGAGGAGCGCGGCGUUCGCGGCGGCGAGCCUGGCGCCACUUGAGCGCCGAGCUCGGUCGCGUCCUCGUCAGGGCCCAGGAGGCGUCGUGGCCGGGCAGCCACGGCGAGGCGCAGCUCCUGAGACCCACCGCCCGUCCUUCCUCACCUUGGCCAGGGUACUCGGCUGCGGAAAAGGAAAGUAACUCUUGAGGAUACAGCACUAAGCACAAACCAAUACUGCUGUGUUGAACAUUCAAAAUGCAACCAGACAUGUCCUUGGACAACAUCAAGAUGGCAUCCAGUGACCUGCUGGAGAAGCAAGAGCUAGACAGUGGAGGCUUUGGGAAGGUGUCCUUGUGUUUCCACAGAAGUCAUGGAUUUGUCAUCCUGAAAAAGGUGUACACAGGGCCCAACCGUGCUGAUUACAAUGAGGCUCUCUUGGAGGAGGGGAAGAUGAUGCACAGACUGAGACACAGUCGAGUGGUGAAGCUGCUGGGCAUCAUCUUAGAAGAAGGAAAUUACUCGCUGGUGAUGGAGUACAUGGAGAAGGGCAACCUGAUGCAUGUGCUGAAGGCCGAGAUCACUGUCCCACUUUCUGUAAAAGGAAGGAUAAUUGUGGAGACCAUUGAAGGAAUGUGCUACUUACAUGCCAAAGGUGUGAUACACAAGGACCUGAAGCCUGAAAAUAUCCUUGUUGACCGUGACUUUCACAUCAAGAUAGCGGAUCUUGGUGUGGCUUCCUUUAAGACUUGGAGCAAACUGACUCAGGAGGAACACAACCAGCAGAGGGACGUGAACAGCACCUCCAAGAGGAAUGGGGGCACCCUGUCCUACAUGGCGCCCGAACACCUGAAUGACAUCAAUGUGAAACCCACAGAGAAGUCGGAUGUGUACAGUUUUGGCAUUGUACUUUGGGCAAUAUUUGCACAUAAGGAGCCCUAUGAGAAUGCCAUCUGUCCUGAGCAGCUCUUGAUCUGCAUAAACUCUGGAAACAGGCCAAAAGUGGAAGACAUCAUUGAGCAUUGCCCAAGGCAGGUCAUCAGCCUCAUGGAGCGAUGUUGGCAAACAGACCCAGAAGACCGGCCAAUGUUUCCUGGCAUUGAAGAAGAAUUUAGGCCUUUUUACUUAAGUCAAUUUGAAGAAUAUGUAGAAGAGGAUGUGGCAAGUUUAAAGAAACAGUAUACAGAUCAAAGUGCAGUUUUGAAGAGGAUGUAUUCUCUCCAGAAUGAUUGUGUGCCCUUACCUCCAAGCAGGUCAAAUUCAGAACAGCCCGGUUCACUGCACAGCUCUCAGGGACUCCAGAUGGGACCUGUGGAGGAGUCCUGGUUUUCUUCCUCUCCAGAGCAACCACAGGAAGAGAUUGAGCUCAGUGUGCAGGCUAAACUCCAAGAGGAAGCCAAUUACCAUGCUUUUGGAAAAUUCACAGAGAAACAGGAGAAACCGCAGCCCAGGCGCAAUGUGGCUUACAGCAGAGAGGAGGAAAGGAAACGAAGGGUCUCCCAUGACCCCUUUGCACAGCAGAGACCUCAUGAGAAUGGUCAGAGUGCAGAGGCCAAAGGUCUUUCUGAUCCCAGCAGAGUCAGAUAUGGAAAUGCAGCACACCGGCUGUCAGGGCCAGGCAGCCAAACACAAGUGCCAUUCUGGAACAACGGGUUAUAUAAUCAGCAUGGGUUUGGGACUGCAGGUGCAGGAGUUUGGUAUGGGCCAAGUCCAAGCCAAAUGUCUAGUUCCUACAAAACUCCAGUACCUGAGACCAACCUACUGGGAAGCACACCCACAAUUCCAUUCAUCUCCUUGCCACCAUCAGAUGAGUCUAUAAAAUAUACUAUAUUCAAUAGUUCUGGUGUUCAGAUUGGAAACUACAAUUAUAUGGAUCUUGGACUGAGUUCACAACUACCAGACAACCUGUGCAAAGAAGAGCCAGCUUCCAAGCACCAAGCCAUCUUUGAUAACACCAGUAGUCUGACUGAUGAGCACCUGAACCCUGUGAGGGACAACCUGGGAAGGCACUGGAAAAACUGUGCCCGCAAGCUGGGCUUCACUGAGUCUCAGAUAGAUGAAAUUGACCAUGACUAUGAGCGAGACGGCCUGAAAGAAAAGGUUUACCAAAUGCUCCAGAAGUGGUUGAUGCGGGAAGGCACCAAGGGGGCCACAGUGGGAAAGUUGGCCUGGGCACUUCACCUGUGUCACAGGAUAGACCUGCUGAACCACUUGAUACGCACCAGCCAGAGCUAAGCCUGGGCUAGCUCUGGCAGUGGGAACCAGACUGUUGCCCAGUGUACCAGCCCCGUUUGCCCUCGGCCUUCAGAACUCACCUCAGUACGAGCCCUGCAUCUGCGCACUGUGUCAUGUAUUCUGGAACUGGAAAAUGGGAGGAGAAGUCUGCAGCCAACAGUGGUUCUUCAGAAAGUACAAGCAAGAAGACUGCUCAGUGGCCCAGGACAAGGUUGGGGUGGGGGAUAAAAAGAACAGGCUUUGGGUUGUGAAAAGGAGAGAAGAGGUGUUGGAGGAGGAAGAUGGUCUUCGUUCAGCUUGUGCUAUAGUCUUCAAUCAUGCUAUUUACUCGGUUUCCCGUGGUUUCGUUUGGGUGAGGGGAAAAAAGAACAAAACAUUCAAAGAACGUAAAGUCCACUAGCUUCCUACUUCAUGCACUGAGUGCAGUGAAGUUCUGCUCAGAUGCCUAAUACGACAGCCACUGUUCUUCCUACAGUUACAGGCUCUGUUAACUUUAGCGACAGUGCUGUGCUAUCACUUUAAGCUUUAAGAAUCAUGUGCAAUUCUAGUCUAUCAAAUUGUACGUUAAUGAGGAGAUGAUAAGGAGUGCUGAGGAGGAGGGAAAUCUAAGGGCAGAGGGAGAUCAGCAGAUUCCAGCAGUCACCACUGACAGCUGCUGCUGACUGCAGCUACUGUCAAAACUACUCUGAGUUUUUGGAUUUUCUUCUACCAUUCCUCAGCCUGCACCCCACAGAGGGAACAGGUGUACAGGAAAUAGUGAUCAGGAAAUGGCACCUCUUCCUCCCCGGAUAUGACCAGAGCCUCGGCACUGCUCACUGUGGAGCUGUUUCCUCAGUUUACCCAGAAACAUGUACUGUAGAAAAAUACGUUUCUUCUGUGUGCCAUGGAUCAAAAGGACAGCUUCAGAGUCCAAUCAUUGUGCCUUCAGCAAGCCCAUGUGCAGCCCAGGAGGAAAUGGAAGAACUAGAAGGAAAGACUGAAGCUGCCCGAGCCAACUCCAGUCAUGUUGGCACUUGCUGGUCGGAGGCUACGCAGAGAUAGUCAGUCUGGUGAUUAGAAAAGAUUCUGGUGUCCGGUUGACAAUGGUGGGUUGUGAUUCUGAAUCCCCUGCAACCUCAGAGAUACAUAGCACUCCUGGAAUGGGCUGCAAAGCAGCUUUGGCUCUGGUGGCACUUUGGUACUGGUCAGCACUUCAUCCUCCACUGUCGGCCUAUCCUGUACUCUAGAAUAUUUAGAAACAUUCCUGGCCUCCAUUUGCAGGAUGCCAGUCGUGCAAGUCAACGCCACCCACCAGAUGUGACAAAAAUGUCUCUAUACAUGGCUACAUGUUCUUUGGAGGGACCCUGCUGUAACUUUAUAUGCCUCGGUUCCCCUGUCACACAUGCUGGGUUCAUGCCUUCACUGCAUAGUGUGUGUACAUUGGAAGGGAAUUGGAGCAGGGAAGGUUCCAGACUUUCCUGGAGGAACCUGGAUAGUCUUUAAAUGCUUUCUUCUUAACCUAUAUUCUAAUGCUGAUUUAAGAAGACAGAUUUAGAAUUUUUAAUGGAGUUUUGAGGGGGUGGGGGAAUGGCAAGGGAAGCCAGAACUGUUUUUGGAAUUGUAGUAGCAGUCGGGGUCCUAAUGUUAAAAUCAUGUCUAUUAAGUGUUCUGUAGGGAAAGAAUUAUGGGUCCAUUGCAGGUCUAGGCCCAGAUUGUGACCACAGACUUCCAGGUCUUUUCCAUGGAUUACUGGCCAGGCUCACCACUGACAUCCAGACAAUUGCUUGGCACCUUGAGUUGUGGCUGAGCCUGUAUGAGUUGAA